AUGCAUCAACCUAAAGAGUGUCAUUUACAUGUUGCCUACCGAGUGCUACAGUAUUUGAAAAGCACACCAGGAAAAGGGGUUCUUUUUAAACGAAGUGGAAAAGUAGAGGUUGAGAUGUUUACAGAUGCUGAUUAUGCAGGCUCAACGAUUGAUCGAAGGUCAACCUCCAGUCAUCUUACUUUUGUUGGUGGCAACCUUGUCACUUGGAGGAGUAAAAAACAGAAUGUAGUUGCUCGAUCAAGUGCUGAGGCUGAACUUAGGGCACUUGCCCAAGGAAUAUGUGAGUUACUUUGGGUCAAGAACUUGUUUGACGAGUUACAAAUUCCUUUAUUCAGUCCUAUGAAGAUUUGUUGCGACAAUAAGUUAGCAAUCAAUCUAGUGCACAACCCAGUACAGUAUGACUGUACCAAACAUGUGGAGAUUGAUCGCCAUUUCAUCAAAGAGAAACUUGAGGCCAAUGUGAUUUGUAUAUCAUACAUUCCAACAAAUAAUCAGUUGGCAGAUAUGCUUACUAAAGGCAUCUCGGGGACACAACUGCAGAAGAUUAUUCCCAAGCUGGAAAUGGACGACAUCCAUUCACCAGCUUGA